CCCGAGAACUCUGUCCCCUUCCUCGUCCCCCUCCUCCGUUCCCCAGGAAUAGAUAGAGUGAUCCGCUGCGUGGCCGCAGUCUCGUCUCAUCAGUUUGUAGCACUACUUGGAGCUGCUCUUGCUUCCCACAGCGUCGAAUCAUCGCACUUGACAGUGAUUUCCCGAGUUGGGUUUCUGUGUACCGGUGCUGCGAACGUGCUGUGAGAAAAUUCCGGCUUCAUGGCAUUGAGAGCAGCGUCUGUGGGUGCAACAGUGCCUGGAACUUGCAGUUCCGGUUCUGUCGGUGCGUUCUCAGCGUCGAAGGCGUCGGCGUCCAAGUUGUAUCAGUCUCAAGGGGUUCAGUUUCGGAAGAGCCUGCGAGGUGACGCUUGCGUGUGCGAGGUUUCGGAUCACAAUGACGUGGGUGCUGGCGAUGCGUCGUCUUGCGCAUCAGAGAAGCGUGGAGGACUGCGUCAGGCUAUGGCUGCAGCGCUAGCCGCCGCUGCUGUGCUGGGAACAAGCACAGAUUCGUUGGCUGACUUGAAUUCCUUAGAGGCUAAUACGCGGGGGGAAUUCGGAAUUGGUUCAGCAGUCCAAUUCGGUUCCGCGGAUCUGAAAAAAACGCAACAUGCCAAUGAGAAUUUCAGGCGAGGCAACUUCACGUCCGCGGACAUGAAAGAAGCCAACUUCAGUAACAGCACUUUCAAUGGGGCCUACUUGGAGAAGGCCGUUGCGUACAGAACCAACUUCUCAGGUGCUGAUCUCAGCGACACUCUUAUGGAUCGCAUGGUCUUGAACGAGGCAAAUCUGAGCAACGCACUGUUGGUUAGGGCAGUGCUGACAAGAAGCGAUCUGGGAUCGGCUAUUAUCGAAGGUGCUGAUUUCAGUGACGCCGUGUUGGACCUCACUCAGAAGCAGGCAUUGUGCAAGUACGCGAGUGGAACGAACCCAGUUACCGGCAUGAGCACUCGGAAGAGUUUGGGUUGCGGUAACGCUAGGCGCAAUGCCUACGGCUCGCCGUCUUCCCCAGAGCUUAGUGCACCACCUCCGAUCUUGCUGGACAAGAACGGUUUCUGCGACAACUCGACUGGCAAGUGCGACCGUCAGGGCGAUUACUAAACCCAUGUUUAUCUCGGCAGUAUUCAUGGAAGCUUGCAUAUUUCAAACUCAGCAUGUAAAAUCGAGCGUGGAGGAUCAUUGUUGCAUACAACGGAGUGCGGACAUGAGGUAUUGGUAGACUUGAUUUUGCUAUAGUCUUCCUCAGGACCUAAGUUAUGUGUGGUGUGAGGCAGGAAAAUGCUUUCGAGUUGCAAACAGUGGAAUAGUAUGAGGAGGAUGAAUUCUCCAUUGCAGUUCGGAUUUAGUACCUCAGCCUGUGUCUCACGUGUAUGAUAUGUACUUCGCUAACUAUUAUUUAAAAGUGAUGAUUUGAUCUGAUUAU